ACGGCUAGGGAGGAGGGGACACGCUAUUAUUGUACGUACUGGUUCCAGCAGAUCAAAGCUCAGUAGGAUCAAGCUUAAGGGAGCCAGGUCCAAAGCUAGCUGGUGGAGGGCUCGCAGAUCUUUGACGAGCGACGAAUUACUGAGUUUUGAACUCAUCAUUGCCACAGCUAUUGACGUUUUUCCAGUUAAUUUUAAUCGCUCUUGAUUCCUAGACGGUCAGACGCCGUGGAAUUUCGCCAUGGAUGCGCUCAGAAAGCAAGCUAGCAAGUUCAAGGUUCAAGUUGCAAAGCAACAGCAGGCUGUAAUAAAGCAAUUUGGUGGGACCGGCUAUGAGAGUUCAGAUGUGAUGGUGAUAGAUGAGGCUGAAAUGCAGAGGCAUCAGCAACUGGAGAAACUCUAUAGAUCAACUCGUGCAGGAAGGGAAUUCCAAAAGGAUAUUGUUAAAGCAGGAGAAGUAUUUACAGCCAUAGGAUAUAGGCAUAUUGAGACAGGUAACAAGUUAUCUGAGGAUUGUUGCAACUAUGGAGCUAAUAAUAACAAUGAAAAUAUAUUAGCAAAAGCUUCAUCUAUAUAUGGCGAUGCUCGCAAGCAUGUGGAGAAGGAACAGGAGGACUUGAUCAAGCUUUUAUCUUCACAGAUUUUAGAUCCCUUGAGGGCAAUGAUUACUGGUCCUCCUCUAGAAGAUGCUCGAAAUCUUGCUCAACGUUAUAGCCGAAUGAGACAGGAAGCAGAAUCACUGGCAGCAGAGAUUUCCAGAAGACGAGCACGUGUUAGGGAAUUCUCUAACCCCGAAAAUGUUGCGAAGUUACAUGCUUCAGAAGCAAAGAUGCAGGAACUAAAAGCAAACAUGGCAGUUCUUGGGAAGGAAGCUUCAGCUGCAUUAGCCGCUGUUGAAGCACAGCAGCAGAGACUUACUUUGCAGAGGCUAGUUGCUAUGGUUGAAGGUGAAAAGACAUACCAUCUUAGAGUAGCUGCUAUCCUCGGGGAGGUCGAAACAGAGAUGGUGACAGAGAAACAAAGAAAAGAGUCCGCUCCUCCUUUGAUCUCAUCAGAAAAUCACCCAGAGAAAUCAUCAUUCUUUUUGGCUGAAGCGGUGCAUUCUUUUAGUGCUGCAUCAGAGAAGGAACUGAGCUUGUCAGUUGGUGACUACGUUGUUGUGCGAAAGGUGAGUCCUUCAGGAUGGUCAGAAGGAGAAUGUAAAGGUAGAGCUGGUUGGUUUCCAUCAUCAUAUGUGGAGAAACGCCAGAGGAUUCCCACUAUGAACACUGUUCCUGAAGCGGUUUAAUCCACAUCUGAGUGCAUAUUCCAUAGUCGUCUUCAUUCAGGAUGGUAAGCAGUAUUGACCCAAUUGUCCACAUAUAUUGGGUUUUAAUAUCAAUUAAAUUUAUGUAUUCUUUUCUCAACAUCAUGGUUUAGAUGUGUACUUGUGUAUAGUUAUUCUUUUUUUUGGAAGAGAUGAUACCAUUGCAUGAACCAAUUAAAUUAGCGACAUCGAUUAAUUGAUGGUAACUUGCUGUGUAAUAUGUCUAUUGUUAUGUGGAGACCAAUAACUUAGGCACAUUUAGAAUUUA